CGAGAAGGCAAUUGUAGCUUGUUCUAGACUCCCUUUAUUCGAUAAACACUGAAGGCCACACGUUUUUAUCUGCACGCCGUUUCAAAAACAAACGAUUGUGACUACGGGACGUGCCACAGGGAGGAAGCUCUGUCUCUUGCACUUUCUAUUUAGCGAUUGAUCUCUGGCAUGACUGACCUUUCUUAGGACAGAGAGCCUUCGGAAAUAAUGAUUUACCCAUUGUUGAUACUCGCCGCUCUCCUAGCGUUAUCGUGUUCAGAGACGGACCAGCUAAAACCACCGGAGCCGUGUGAGGAUAAGGCCUGCGUGGAGUACUGCAUGAAAGUGCUAGGAGGGCCCGAAUUCAAUGUCACUGGCAAGUGCGUGAAGAACGAGACGGGUGCGCAGUCCUGCAGCUGCAGACGCCGCACAUAUUGCACUGUGGAAGCAUGCGCAAGGUCCUGCUACGCGUACCACGGUGGCAAGCCUAACCUGCGGUCAGAGUGCGAGAAGUACUUGUGCCGAUGCAUCUGGGAUGAUCAUACCACCGGAUCGAAACGUAGCCGCCUGCACCGGCGCUCAGCUCCAGAUAGGAGUAUGAGGCAGAAAAGACAAGCUGCGCCUGUGAAAAAGGAGAGACCCAGUACGAAUGCAGCGAACGGGAAUGUUCAACGUACUGCGGCCGAAAAUACUAUCAUCAAAGACCCGUUUCAGGAAGAUGCGAAGGCUUCGAUUGCAUCUGUUCCUGGUUUGUCGGCUAUAGUAUGCACAAGCAUCCCUUGCCGCCUUACACCUGAAAUCGGCACCACUUUGUAUCGCUUGAAGCCUGCUGAAGUUGUGAUCGUUCUAGUGAAAAUCACAGCGCACCUAGGCAUACAAAAACUGACCCUUGUGUCUUCUGGUUAAUAAAUUAUAAAGCUAUA